UCAUGAGUGAUGCCUGGAAGAAUACAUUUUGUCAGGUUUUUGGGGGGAAACAGUUGAACACAACGCAGUCAGUGAGACUUACUGUGGGUGUUGAAGGUUGUAUGAUGCUUUGAAGUUCACACAGCCAGCGUCUCAGUCCAUUGGCAGGUAGUGAGUUCAGCCACUUCCUGUGAUCAGAGUGAGGGGGAAACAAGAACGAGGCAACCAGAAAACAACCAGGAGAGAGAGAAAGAAAACCUUGUUUCUACACACAGACAGAAAGAGAGACAAGGUGGGAGAGACAUGGACGCACAGAGGACAGGUGUGUUUGUGCUGUUUGUGCUCCUGGUGCCGGGUUCCUGUAAAGAUGCUUUUUUCACUGAGCCGGUCACCUGCUAUUUCCUGGACGGGAUCCUGAUUAUUUACUGCAUCAUUGCCACGGCUUUCUAUUACAGAGAAAAAUUUUCCUACGUCCCACCUGUGGCUGAUGCGUCUGAAGAGAAUGGAGGCAUUUACCAGGAGCUGGAGAGACCAAAGGAUGCUGAUCCUUACCAGGUGCUUGAACCAUUAAAAAAAAAGAAAAAAGCUGUCAAGAAAAAGAAAGCAAAGCCGACCGAAGCUCAGGGGGAUAAAGACCCUUAUGAAUCAUUGAUCACCGGUACUUCAGCACCACCACCACCACCUCUGUCUCCCUGAUGAUGUCCUGCAUGGCCUCUCCCGUGUCAAGAGACAGCAACACUCAAAGAUCUGAAACAAUUAAUUGAUUAACAGAUUAAUCAGCUAAUAUUUUGAAAAUCAAUUAAUAGUAAAUAUUUGUGUUUUAGAAAGUUUGGACAAAAAGAGUAAUUUUUAAGACAACCCUGGGCUUUCAGUAUAUUGUAAUGAGCCUGUUUUUAUUUACAUCAUAUUUCAUUUGUAUUGUAUUAAUCAAAAAUAAUGUUGUGUUAACUUUGCUGUAAGCUCAUAAACUCUUAGAGAUUAAACUCUUUAUUUCUGCAUUUA